AUGGCAGUAAACCCCAACCUUCGUACCUCAGAAACCAGUUACCUGAAUGAGGCGUUCUCCUUCUACUCCGCCAUCCGCCAGCGCUCCUAUUACUUUCAGGUCAACAAGGAAGACCGAGCUGGUCAACACUUCCGGCCUCCGGUCGUGAGAACGAGACGGUCCACAGAUUUAAACUCCCGAUGGCACCGCUCUCUAAUCUGUCACCUUCCAGUACAGUGGACGGUCUGCCCCGGAUCAGGGCUGAGGCGGCGGCUCUUGAAACAGAAUUGGAUACGACAUGUACCUUCUGGAAUAUUCUGUAACGCCACCUCAGACAAGUGCUUGUCUGCGCCCUGCCGCAACGCUGCCACCUGCGUGGACAACAUGGACGACUACGUCUGCCUCUGCCCCAGGGACGGGGUCCGCUACAUGGGCAAGGAUUGCGACCAACUCUACGACGCUUGCCUUUUCAACCCCUGCGACGACUGCACCAGCAUACCGGGCACCGCGCAGUACCACUGCGUGUGCCCGGACGGACUGACCGGCGACAACUGCACCGAGGACAUAAACGAAUGCGAGAGCAAUCCGUGUUCCGAACCGCGUUCCGUCUGCGUGGACCAACUCAACGGCUACUUUUGCAGGUGCCCGCCCGGGUACGGCGGAGAUGACUGCAAAACACAUGUCACAGACUGCGUGGACGCGCCUUGUCAGAACGAAGGCAGCUGCAUCCUGCUACCAGAGGGCUUCAGGUGCCAGUGUGCGAUUGGGUUCGAAGGGCGGUACUGCGAGGGGGACGUGGACGAGUGCGUGUCCCACCCGUGUCAGAACGGGGCGAUCUGUAUGGACGGGGUGGCCGAGUUCCACUGCUUCUGCGUGCCCGGUUUCCAGGGCUACAACUGCGAGUUUGACAUCAAUGAGUGUGCGUCGCGUCCCUGCGAGAACAACGCCACCUGCAUCAACGAGAAGGACCACUACGAGUGUGAAUGUCUUGAAGGCUUCACGGGAGUGAACUGUGAAAUGGAGAUUGAUGAGUGCGAGUCCAACCCCUGCCAGAAUGAAGGCACGUGCCAUGAUCUCGUUGCCAUGUACUCCUGUGAAUGCCAUCCUGGUUUUGACGGCACAGACUGCGAGGUGGAUGUCGAUGAGUGCACGAGCGGGCCUUGUCAAAAUGAGGCGAUCUGUCAUGACCGUGUCAACAGCUACGAGUGUGACUGCACGGAGACGGGUUUCACGGGGGACCACUGUGAGGAAGACAUUCUCGAGUGUGCCUCUGACCCAUGUCAGCAUGGAGCUACCUGCCUGGAGGGGAUCAGGGAGUACAAGUGCCUCUGCUGGCCAGGUUAUGAAGGGCCAAACUGCGAGGUUGACAUAGACGAGUGUGCCAUGCAGCCGUGCCUGAACGGAGGAGAGUGCUUCCAGAGGUCUGACCCAACCCACUGGGAGCAGGGCUGGGAGCUGGACCAUGCAGAUGCUGCAGGGUACAUCUGUCAGUGUACACCAGGCUUCGCAGGAGAGAACUGCUCUGUCGAUAUUGAUGAGUGUGAGUCAGAGCCCUGCCAUAAUGGCGGAAUCUGUGAAGAUCAGAUCAAUGGCUACGCCUGUAACUGUGCAGCUGGAUUUGGAGGUGUCCUCUGUGAGAUCAACAUAGACGAGUGCGAGAGCCAGCCCUGCCUGAACGGCGGCUGGUGCGAAGACGGCCUGGCCUCCUACGUUUGCCACUGUCCCGACGUCAAGCCCGCCGGCAAACUCCCUUGGGGAGGAGAGCGCUGCCACGUCAAGCUCUAUGGCUGCGUGGACCACGACUGUCUGAACGGGGCCACCUGCCUGCCCUGGCUGCGCCACGAUGAGCACGGCCACACCUGCCUGUGCCAGCAUGGCUUCUUCGACGACCGCUGCUCCACACAGACCACCUUCUCCUUUUCGGCUCCGGGAUUCGUCCACAUCCAUGUCGACCCUCAUGAGGAACGAAGGCGAAGGGAGGCGGGCGAGCAGCCUCAUCUUCUCGCGGGGUACAGAGGAGUGCGGUUGCGCUUUCGGACCACGCUGCCAAACAUGCUGCUGUUUUACAGAGGCGACGCCGCCAGCUUUCUGUCGCUGGAGAUUGUGAGCAGCGGCCUACACGCAAAGGGCCUCUUCGAGGGAUCCGAACUGGAUGUCCAUUACCCGGGCUCGGUGAGCGACGGGGAUUGGUGGGACGCGCAUGCGUUUGUGACCCAAGACAGUCUCGGUUUGGUGUUGAAAGGCUCCACCUGUGACCCUAAAGGAUGCACAAUUGUAGACGCCAGUCAGGACGGGCUCCAGUUAAAUCCUGAAUCCUUUACCCACGUUUACGUGGGUGGCGCGCCGGAUGACCUUCUUGAGCGGACCGUGAGUGGCGAGGGUUUCCUAGGAUGCAUGGAAGACCUGGAGAUAGACUCAAAGCCAAUCCUGCCACAAGACCUUCCAGAGGGCCAAAGCCACGAGCUCGGCUGUAGCAAGACUGAGUGGUGCGAGUCCGAUCCUUGCUCAGGACACGGACAAUGUGUGGACCUGUGGACCAAACACCGAUGUGACUGUCACCGGCCCUACCGAAGCCAGAGUUGCUCAGAGGAGUUCCAGUCGUGGACGUACAGCCACGAAGACACAGUGAGCUACAGUGCCUACGACGUCAGAAGCAGCCACCGGGGGGACUUUAGCGUCUCCUUCUUCAUCAGGUCCUUGAAGCCCGAUGGACUACUCUUUCAGCUGCGGAGGCCCACCGGAGACGGCGAGGGACAGGUCUACUUCUCUGUGUACCUGGGCAUGGGCAGGGUCUUCGUUAGCUCCCUUCCUAGCAGCACACCGCUAACGGCGCCCAUCUUCGUAGCCAACGGUGAGAAGCAAUUUCUACAGGUGGAAGUCCAGCAGAGGAAGGUGAUCUUUGAGCAUGCGGGCCUUCGAUACGGGAUAGGGGAGAUCCCGGAGGUGGAGGUGAACAGCGGUGAUGUGGCCUACGUCGGAGGCCUGGCCCAAGACUGGAGCUCAGAGGCCUGGGGGGGUGCUUUCAAAGGCUGCCUGCAGGACGUGCGUCUGGACACAGUGCAUCUGGUCUUGGAAGCAUGGAGCGACUCGGAAGAAGGGAGUCUGGGUUUGGCACGUGACGCUGAACACGUUGAGACUGGAUGUGUCAGUGAUGAUACUUGCAAGGUUGAGCCAUGUGAAAACGAAGGGAGCUGCGCCAUCACCUUCAAUGACUUCACAUGCUCCUGUCCAGAGCACUACACGGGCAAGACCUGCGCAACAAGAGUUUGGUGUGUUAGCAACCCGUGUGCCAACGGGGGCCAGUGUGUGGACCUCUUGGAUGGAUAUGAAUGUGUCUACAACGCCACCUUUGAGAACAGCCCCGUCCGCUACAGCGCCAGAGGUACCCUGUCCGAGCCCGUGACCACCAUCUACAUAGAGCUGCGGACUCGCUCACAGAACGCCGUGCUCCUCCGGGCCGCCCGUGGCUCCGACCUGCUGACGGUGGGGCUACAGGACUCCUUGCUCCACGUGGAGAUCCACAGCGGCAACAGCGUGGAGACGCUGGCCUUCAGCGGGAGACGCCGGGUGGCCGACGGCAGCUGGCAUCGCGUGACCGUGGCGAUGGCCGGACAAGAGAAGGACAAGCCCUCUCCCUGGAUCAUCACCGUGGACGGGAUCACGGACGCUAGCAGCGCGCCCCAACGCAGCGGGAGCGUUCGGUUCCUAGGUGACCGGGAGGCGGUGGUGUCCGUCGGCGAGGGAUUCAAGGGGUGCUUCGGAGCGGUGCGGGUCGGCGGGGUGUACCUUCCCUUUGUCGCCGACCCCAAGGCCCCGCAGGCUGCCCAGUUCCACCCAGUUGGGAAUAAAAAGAUCUCUGUAGGUUGCAGGAGCACGGACGUUUGUGCUUCCAACCCGUGUCGCAACGGAGCGCAGUGCACAGACCUUUUUAACGCCUUUGGCUGUGAUUGCGAAGCUGGCUGGACGGGAGAACGUUGCCAUUUAGAUAUUGAUGACUGCGCAUCUGGACCGUGUGGCCAUGGAAGCUGCAAAGACUAUUUGUCCGGGUUUGAGUGUCAGUGCCACUCUGGAUACGCUGGUGAGCGUUGCGAAGAAGAUCUAAACGAGUGUGACAGUCAUCCUUGUGAACAUGGAGGCACUUGUAAAGACGGUCCCAAUACGUUCACCUGUUUAUGCCCAAAGAACUACGCUGGACCACGCUGUCAGUGGGACUAUCCUCCAGCACAGUGUGGUAAAGAUCUUCAGUGUUCGAGCCAGGGUGUCUGCAACGAUGGCCUGUGGGGCGCAAACUGCACCUGUACACCGGGAUAUGCAGGAGUCAGGUGUGAGAGUGAGGUGGAUGAGUGCGAGUCGAACCCGUGUCGAAACGGGGGCACCUGUUUGGAUCGUCUCAACCGGUUCCUCUGCUUGUGUCCGCCCGGAUUAUCGGGCCCAAUCUGUGAUACAAGUAAACAAGCCCAAAAGGACCGUGUUCCCUGGUUAAUAGUGGCCAUCCCGCUGGUGUGCCUCUGCGUUUUAAUACUGAUAGUCGGCCUGACCUUCAUGGUGCUCACGGCCAGGAAGAAACGCCAGUCCGAGGGGGCUUACAGUCCCAGCACACAGGAGGUGGCCGGGGCUCGCCUCGAAAUGGACAGCAUGCUCAAAGUUCCCCCGGAGGAACGCUUGAUAUGACCAAGGGAGUCUUGCUGAUCAGCUGACCAGAGGGACUGCUGUCAUUGGUAGAAAACACACCGGACUUUAUAGCGGUUUUCCUAUCUGUGAGCUUGUUGAAUUGCAAAUAAGGAAGAAGAAGAAGAAAGGUGAAAUACUGCCCCCUCCAGGAGAGGGACUUUUGGACAAGUGUUGCUUUUUUGCUUAUUAUCUCAAGAUAUCAGGAGUACUUCAAUUUGAACAUCAUGAAUGUUCACACUGUAUUGUUGUACAGUUAACUUUAUUGCAUAUUUUAGAUUGUAUAUCUUAAAACAUUUUUUAAUGUUUUGGAAACAGAAUAUAACAUAUAAAUGAAUGCAAUCUUUUUAAACAUCUGAUUGUAUUGAUCUAAAUUCCACAAUUAUAAAAAUUGUAUUGGAGAUUUAAGAUAUUAUUUUAUAUUUUAUAAGAUGCAUUCAUUCAAUGAAUUGAAUGCUAUUAAAAGUACAUUAUCAUAAAUACAACUAAAUACAAUAUUUAAGGGAAUAGUAUAAUAUAUUGAUUGAUGGUGAUUUGUCAAAAUCGAGAUCAGAUUAAUUACAGAAAGGGACCAGGCAACACUUAGAUUCAGGUCUUAAUUUUUAAGACGUUUUGUUGUCUUUGUUGUAUUCGUAUGUCUUAAAAAAAGACUGCGGAAAUUGUUUUUCAACCAUUUAACAUCUGUCUCAAAAAACGUAAACACAAAUACAGAAUGAAUUGAUAGGCAGGCUGAGGCACGUUCCCCUCUCAACUGUGUUCCAACAUCAUGUUGCCUAGGGUACCGUCAGAGCUAUGCAUCCAUUUUGGGGAUGACAUCAUCAGAGCCUGAUAUAGGCCUUAUUUCCACCCAGUUGUUGGUUCAUAAAUGACUACUGAAUUUGUACAUAGUUUGUAAUCCUGGGUUUUCAAUAUUUUUUGAUAUUGAGCACCUCAAACGUAACGGGAAAAAAAGAAAGCGUCUCUGCUCAUACGGUAGGACUACCUCUAAGUUCACACUAAAUAGUACUACAAAGGCAGAAACCACGUCAGAGGAAGGGUCAGGAACACAGAGGUGAAAAGAAAACGUCAGUGCAUCCUGUAGGCCUGCUGCUUCAUGUUGAAAUCGUCUAGUCACCACUUUAGCCUUACCAAGUCCAAAACUUCUCUGAUGUCUCCUUGUAGUCAAAGUCUACUGAGUGAGGAGCUUUGUCAGGUGGUUUAAGAACAACUCGAGACAAACAUGAAGACCUAGGAUCUAGAGCUGGACUUCAAGAUUGUGCAGGGUGAACUGAACAGGUGAUGGUCGUACAGUCCCAUCAGCUUAAAAUAAAAUGAUAUCAUACACUGGACUAGUAAUAAAACAAUAACGGAAGGCUGCUACUGUAACUAACUUAUAACCGCACAAUAAACAACCGUAAACCGAUAACUGGAUGGAGGCUUAGGCUGACCCAUAUUGCUAAAACACAGACUUUAGGUUGGGUUUGUCUGGGGUAGCUGUUUACCAUGUCCACCAUAAACAUUGUAUAUUUAUACAUAUUGUAUAUGCACGUAUUAUGUUUAUUGUGUACUUGACAAUCAUGGCAUUUAGCAAACUGAUAUUGCAGAUCUGGUUUUGUAUGCAUGUUGCUCUUGGUCAAAUAUCCACAUCCAUAUUUAUUGUUUCUACAUUUCUCUUUUGGUUUACCCACAGGAAGCCACCUGGCUAUACCAUAAUGACACUGGUCUUUUUCUCUAUUUGCCACAGAACAAAAACAAUAAUGUAUAGUUAACAGACUCUGAAUGUCCAUUCAAUGAUGUCAGAACUAGGAACUAUUAGCAGGGACCUCACAAUAGCAUAUCACAGUUUAAAUGUUGUGCCGAUAAGAUAUGUAUUGUGACACUGUAAAUAUUGCGAUAUGAUCUCGCAAAUGUUUUGUGCGAUUUUAUAUGAUAUGGUUUCAACUUGGGGAUGGAUUCUACAGAUCCAUGUGUGUCCGCGAUUGCUUUUUUGUAACGGAAGCGGCCAUGUGUAACACGUGCAGGGACCGAAGUGCCAAGUAGUCGGUCGUUGGCAGGUUAACUAAUAUAUCUCUUAGAGGUUGGCGGUAAGGUCAAGAUUAAAGGUUUAAUGAUACGAUACUAUCUGGUGAGGUUUAUAAGGCAAGAAAUUGUUGUCGUUUUUGUUAUCACGUUGGUACUACCAAUCGUUAGCAUAGUGUCCUUGGAGAAUUUUCCCCUGAAAACUAAAAGCAUAUGGUGGUAAAAACGUUUCAAAUUAUGUCUGCAGGGUUUUCUUUUAUGAGGUGUAAUACGAUGUCUGCAUUUUCUUUGUCUACUGACUAAUUGACUAGGCCUAAAUAUUGUCUUUGUUUCUGGUAACUUUCUCGAACUUUUGGUUCCUACCUGUUUUCAUCAACGGAGUGGGCUACUGCUGCCUGACGCUCUUUCCAUUUCAGCUCCAGCUGAAGUUACAAACAAAAUUGUGUACGGGAGUCAACGGAACUUAAUUAAAAAAUGUCGAUUUCCCCCGGAAUCUCCAUAUGUAAAUUGAGUCGUGAAGCCUGAGAUGGGCGUGACUCGGAAAACAAUACAGCGCCUCUCUAGGUCGGUACGAUCAAUAUGCGAUUGCAUUCAUUAGUGGCUUCAUUUUGUGCGGCUACAUGAAAAUUCAAUUAUUUCGAAGGUAAAGCUUCACGAUACAUACAUGAAUCUAGUCGUCCGUCCGUCCCCAUCACUCCUAGAUAGCUAAAUAAAUGUGUGAUUAGGAGUGCCUAUUUGAGGGUAUAGAUUUGACACACAUUUCUUUGGGAGGGGGAUUUUAUAUCAGUUUCCAUCGGUUAUAUAGGCCUACUCUAAAUUCUUGAGAGAUGCUUGUAGUGUUUCAUGAGAGUUAAAGCGCAAAUAACUGCACAAUCCGUGUGAUGACUCAGUGCUCAUGUAUGGCUUUGUUGCCUUUAAUAAAAAAAAAAUCGUGUACAUGCCUGCUAAUGAUUGUGAGGAAACUGCAAAAACAGUGAAAUUAGCACUUUCACUUUCCCUUUCGAUUCACGCCAUUUAAUUCUCAGUGCUAUAGUGUGAAAAAUGUAAGUAGGACAGUGGUUUUUAUAGCUUUAAAGAAUAUAAUUUAGAAGCAAUAGUCUCCCAUAAAAUAAGCAUAGGUAUAUUCAACUUAACGGAACAAGAAAAGAAAAAAAUGCAAUUACCAAAAUAUGGACAGAAUAUAUAAUUUAUAUACAUUUUCCUGAAGCAAUUACAAAGAUGAAAUAAUAAAUAAUAAUCAGCAUCACAUGUUUCUGUUUUGCACAACAUUGUGGUAACAUUAUGUGAACGAAUGAUGUCAUUUCGGGUAACACAGAUCUUCAGUCAUACACAGCAUCCUCUUUAUACACAAUCACACAUGUGCUUGACCUUAA